AUGAAUCCCAAUUCAGAGGAAAAUCAGGACCUGAAUGACCACUAUGCCCACCCUGGAGUUGCAUGUGACUCUUUCAGGGUUCAGAGUGAAGCUUCUCUGCUCGUCAACUCUGUCAAGCUACUGGCAGCAGGUCGUGACAUGGAGAAUAAAGAAACCCUCAGGGGGUUGCAGAAGAUGGAUGACCGCCCAGAAGAGCGCAUGAUCAGGGAGAAACUCAAGGCAACGUGUAUGCCAGCCUGGAAGCAUGAAUGGCUGGAAAGAAGAAGCAGGAGAGGCCCUGUGGUGGUAAAACCUAUCCCUGGGAAAGGAGAUGGAUCAGAAAUGAACAAACUCUCUCUAGAACCUCAAACUGAAGGACAAAGUGCUGCUUCUUCACCUACACAGAAAGGAAGACGUAGUCCUUCUCCUAGUAGCUCCUCUUCAUCAUCUUCUAGGACGGUUAAAUCUGAAUCACCAGGUGUUAGAAGAAAAAGGGUAUCUCCAGUGCCUUUUCAGAGUGGACGAAUAACACCACCUCGACGAGCCCCAUCUCCAGAUGGCUUCUCUCCAUACAGCCCUGAGGAAACAAAUCGUCGUGUCAACAAAGUUAUGCGAGCCAGGCUGUACUUGCUGCAGCAGAUAGGACCCAACUCUUUCUUAAUUGGAGGAGACAGCCCUGAUAAUAAAUACAGAGUGUUUAUUGGGCCUCAGACUUGUAGCUGUGGCCGUGGGACAUUUUGUAUUCAUCUGCUGUUUGUUAUGCUGCGAGUGUUCCAGCUUGAACCCUCAGACCCAAUGCUCUGGAGAAAGACACUGAAGAACUUUGAGGUUGAGAGUUUGUUCCAGAAAUAUCACAGUAGGCGUAGCUCGAGGAUCAAAGCUCCAUCUCGUAACACCAUCCAGAAGUUUGUCUCACGCAUGUCAAAUUCUCAUACAUUGUCAUCAUCUAGUACUUCUACAUCUAGUUCAGAAAACAGUAUGAAGGAUGAAGAAGAACAGAUGUGCCCCAUUUGCUUGUUAGGCAUGCUGGAUGAAGAGAGCCUAACUGUGUGUGAAGAUGGCUGCAGGAACAAAUUACACCACCACUGCAUGUCAAUAUGGGCAGAAGAAUGCAGAAGAAACAGAGAGCCACUUAUCUGUCCUCUUUGUAGAUCUAAAUGGAGAUCUCAUGAUUUCUAUAGUCAUGAAUUGCCAAGCCCUGUGGAUUCUUCUGUUCUCCGUGUGGUUCAGCAACAAACUCAGCAGCAAUCUACAGCUGGAUCUCAGAGAAGAACCCAAGAUAGCAAUUUUAACCUUACUCAUUAUGGGGUCCAGCAGAUCCCUUCUGCCUAUAAAGAUUUAGCUGAGCCUUGGAUACAGGUAUUUGGAAUGGAGUUAGUUGGCUGCUUGUUUUCUCGAAACUGGAAUAUACGAGAGAUGGCACUUAGGCGUCUUUCCCAUGAUGUUAGUGGUGCUCUAUUACUGGCUAAUGGUGAAAGCACUGGAAAUUCUGGAAGUAGCAAUGGAAACAACACAAGUGCUGGAGCUCUGGGAGCAGCUAGUGGGUCAUCUCAGACCAGUAUCUCAGGAGAUGUGGUGGUGGAAUCCUGCUGCAGUGUGCUGUCCAUGGUCUGUGCUGACCCUGUCUACAAAGUGUAUGUUGCUGCUUUAAAAACUUUAAGAGCCAUGCUGGUGUAUACUCCCUGUCACACUUUGGCAGAGAGGACUAAACUACAGCGACUUCUCAAGCCAGUUGUAGAGACGAUAUUAGUUAAGUGUGCAGAUGCCAACAGUCGAACAAGUCAACUUUCAGUCUCAACGCUAUUGGAGAUGUGUAAAGGCCAAGCAGGCGAGCUGGCAGUUGGGAGAGAAAUACUUAAAUCUGGGUCCAUUGGUAUUGGUGGUGUUGAUUAUGUCUUAAAUUGUAUUCUCGGAACACAAACCGAAUCUAGCAACUGGCAAGCGCUACUGGGGCGACUCUGUCUAAUAGACAGACUUCUGUUGGAAUUUCCUGGAGAAUUUUAUCCCCACAUUGUCUGUGGGGAUGUUUUACAGGCUGAUACCGUAGUAGACAGGUAUAAGAAGCUUCUCUCCCUCUUGACUUUCGCCUUGCAGUCAAUUGACAAUUCCCAUUCAAUGGUUGGUAAACUAUCACGGAGAGUAUUUUUGAGCGCAGCAAGAAUGGUGGCAAGAGUGCCCCAUGUUUUUGUAAAGCUGUUAGAAAUGUUGAGUGUGACAAGCUCAACUCAUUAUGCAAGGAUGCGUCGACGUCUGAUGGCAAUAGCAGAUGAAAUGGAAAUUGCAGAAGCCAUCCAGCUAGGCAUGGAAGAAAUGCACUCUGGGGAAUGUCAACAUGAAGACUUUUUGCAGCUACCUGUACCAGAUAACUCUCCAGAAGCUACAGAAAAUAAUACUCCUAACAAUACUGUCCAGUUAUCAGGGAAAAGUGGGAAAGGUUCAAGUGAUAAAAAAAUGAGUGCCAGUCCAGAGGACAUUUCUGAGACGCUGGCUGGCCUUGCUGUGGGACUUCCCGUUUCAGUAACCACUGAGCAACCAAAGCCAGCCAUUCAAAUGAAAGGAAAACCCCAAAGUCAGUGUUUGAACUCUUCUCCCUCAUCUGGUCAUUCCCAGUCACUAUUCCCAACGCUUCUGUCUCCUUCAAACCCAUCUGUACCAGCUGGCACUGUAGCAGAUGUCUCUAAAGUCAGACCUCAGGGAUUCAUUCCCUGCAAAAUCCCCUUACCUUCUCCUCAAUCACAGCGGAAACUUUCUCUCCAGUUUCAGAGAAACUGUUCUGAAAAUAAAGAAUCAGAGAAACUUUCUCCAGUUUUUACCCAAGCCAGGCCAUUGCCAUCCAGUCACAUACACAGGCCAAAGCCAUCACGACCCACCCCAGGUGAUGGGAACAAGCAGGGAGAAACCUUAAAAAACAGUAUGACACUUGACCUGAAUGAUAUUUCACAGUGCGAUGGCAAUACUAGUAGUAGCAGUGGUGCAGUCAUACCAAGUGAAGAGACAGUGUUCACACCAGUAGAUGAAAAAUGUCGGUUGGAUGUUAAUGCAGAGCUCAACUCCAGUAUUGAGGACCUGCUCGAGGCCUCCAUGCCAACAAAUGAUGGCACAGUUACAUUCAAGUCUGAAGUUGCAGUUCUUUCUCCUGAGCGGGCAGAAAAUGAUGAUACUUACAAAGAUGAUGUAAAUCAUAAUCAAAAAUGCAAGGAAAAGAUGGAAGCUGAAGAGGAGGAAGCUUUAGCUAUUGCUAUGGCAAUGUCAGCAUCUCAAGAUGCCCUGCCAACACCAGAAACCCUGCCUGGACAUACCAAAGCAAAACACCAUUACAGAGAAGAUGCAGAAUGGCUUAAAGGUCAGCAAAUUGGUCUUGGAGCUUUCUCUUCCUGUUACCAAGCUCAAGAUGUAGGAACGGGGACAUUAAUGGCUGUAAAACAGGUGACAUAUGUCAGGAACACAUCAUCUGAGCAAGAAGAGGUAGUUGAAGCACUGAGAGAAGAAAUAAGGAUGAUGAGUCAUCUGAACCAUCCUAACAUUAUUCGAAUGUUAGGUGCUACAUGUGAGAAGAGCAACUAUAACCUCUUCAUCGAAUGGAUGGCAGGGGGUUCAGUUGCUCAUUUGUUAAGUAAAUACGGAGCCUUCAAAGAAUCGGUUAUUAUUAAUUACACAGAACAACUGUUACGUGGCCUUUCUUACCUCCAUGAGAAUCAGAUAAUCCAUAGAGAUGUUAAAGGUGCCAAUUUGCUAAUUGACAGCACAGGUCAUAGAUUAAGAAUUGCUGAUUUUGGAGCUGCAGCCAGGUUGGCAUCAAAAGGAACUGGUGCUGGGGAGUUUCAGGGACAGUUGUUGGGAACUAUUGCAUUUAUGGCACCAGAGGUUCUGAGAGGUCAGCAGUAUGGUAGGAGCUGCGAUGUCUGGAGCGUUGGCUGUGUUGUUAUAGAAAUGGCUUGUGCUAAGCCUCCCUGGAAUGCAGAGAAACACUCCAAUCAUCUUGCUCUGAUAUUUAAGAUUGCUAGUGCAACUACUGCUCCGUCAAUCCCUACACAUCUGUCUCCUGGCUUGAAAGAUGUGACCCUUCGGUGUUUGGAACUUCAACCUCAGGACAGACCCCCAUCAAGGGAACUGCUGAAACACCCAGUCUUCCGUACUACAUGGUAGCUACGUAUGUAUAAGGCUGAUAUACUGAAGAAGAUGCUACUGAAUAUACAAUAACUGCCUUGCAGUGCAGUUAAGCACAGCGAAUUGUAUUAUUCUGCUGGCCUUAAUGAUAGAUACAUCAAGGACUUAAGGCCAAUGGAGGACCCUACCUAAGUAUGUGAUUGACAAAUCAAGAUCUUCACCUAAGCUCAGUAUGCAACAUUUCACAACUUAUGCGGAGAUUCGUAAACUGUGCCUUUUCAGACAUCUGGCUCUAUGUAAACACAAAAGCAUUUUUCCUUAAGUCUGCAUGAUUAUUUAGCAGAUAAGUGAUUUUUAUUUUAUUUGGAGCACUUUUUCAGCAAUAUUAGCAGCUGAGGGGCUCAGGAUCUAUUUUAAUAUAGCAAUCACUGUUCCAUUUCACAUCAUGUAGAUGAAAGCAGAGGGUUCUGCAAUUAGUCAGUUUUCAGCACUGCUUAAAAGGAAGUUCUGUAUCUGCCCCUUUUCUUUACACAAAGUUGUCUGAGUAACAAAUCCAAACACUGAGAGAUACUUUAAAAAAAAAAAAAAUCUUGCCUUCCUUAAAGUAAGAGCAGCCAGUUGUGGUUCACUGUGCAUUUACUGCUGGCCAUGUAAUUUCUCCUGAAAUUAAAGUUUGUUUUCAUUGUAUUUUUAACUUUCAGGGAAAGGUGAUCUUCUAAAAUAGUCUUUAGAAAAAGAUGCAAGCUGUGUCAUGGAACAGCUUGCUGACACAAGAGUUCUAAAAACAGAUGUGCUGGAAAUCUGGCAUAAAAUAAAAUGCCACCUUCAACAAGGCAGUGUUGAAGACUCUGACGGUAUACGUUAUUUAAAAAACAAAACGGACAAAACUAAGAUUGUUCUGCGUAAAACAACUCUGAAUCAUGCUAGAAGUUGUAGAGCCUUCUUUUCAUACGGCAGUUUGUUCUGGCAAAUCAUGCGGAGAAGUUUCGUGUCAAAGGCCUCAAACCCAGCUCCCAUUAAAGUUUAUGGGAGACUGUCCUGUACUUCAGGGGGCAGCAGGUGCCUGCUGUGAGCAGAUCGCAUUCUCUGUGUAACAAAACUGAGGUCACAUUCUCUACUGAUAAUAAGUUUUACCUGCUGUUUUCCUUCUGCCGUACAUCAUCUAUAUACUGUAGCCAUUAGUGAUAAUUUAAUUUGAAAACGUUAAAAACAUUACCAUGAAAAAGGUAUUUAUUUUAACAAGAAACAAACUUGGACUUGAAAAGCAAGAUACAGUAAAAUGUGAAGUAAAGCUUCACCUGUAGUGCAAAACUUGUGGUUUUUUAGCAGGUGUGUUUUUUUUUUAAAGAUGUUUUUAAAAUUAUUGUAAAGGCAGGUUUUUAGAUUCUGAUGCAUGUAAUUCUGAAGGAAAAUGGCAGCUUUUUCUUUUGCUUUUUUAAAAGGGGAUCUUUUUAAAUCAAAUACUGAUUGUAUUUAAUCCACUUGGAAAAAAAUACUGUUCGUGUUUUAACUCUUCAGAAGCCAGUUGGAUUGUUGGACUGAAAUAGAAUUGGUUAUUUUAAAGACUCAGGACAAACUAAAUAAGCUAUAGUACAUUAAAAAUGUACAAUACAAAUUGGAAGUAAAACAUCUUAAAGAUAAGUUUACAGGAAUGAUAGUGCUCAUGCUAAUAAAAGAAGCAGUGUCAUUAGUUGUGAAUGUGUUUCUUUUGGAAAUUUUACAUUCCUUUGUUUUGAAAGAUUGGCAGACUUUGAAGAGUUAAAAAGAUAAUACCGAAAUGUGAAGUUUGGUAGCUCUAACUGUUUUGUACUUGACUGUUUGUUUUUUUUGACCACUUUAGAAUUUCUCAUUCUAGUAAGAUUGUUUCCAAGUCUUUCUUAUGUGCAAGCUUUAAAGGAUGCACUCUUGCCAAUUCAUGUACUGGAAGAUCAGUUGUCAGAUUAAUACUGUUUCUGGCAGAAAUGUAAACUGUAUAAACUGAUGAACCUCAGCUAAUCAGUAUUACUUCAUAGAUCACCAUGCCUACCACAUUUCAAACUCAAACUGCCUCUAGGUGUCCAAAUGCAUUUGUUUGAGUUUGUUUGCAUUUCCCUCAGCUUGCUGGUAAUUGUGGUGUUUUUAAAAUGCAGAUGUGAUGUAAUAUUCUUAUUUUCUUUGGAUCAAAGCUGGACUGAAAAUUGUAUUGUGUAAUUAUUUUUGUGUUCUUAAUGUUAUUUGGUACUUAAGUUGUAAAUAACGUCUACUGCUGUUUAUUCCAGUUUCUACUACCUCAGGUGUCCUAUAGAGUUUCUUCUACCAAAGUUCACUUUCACAAUGAAAUUAUAUUUGCUAUGUGACUGAUUCCUAAGACUUCCAGGGCUUAAGGGCUAACUUCUAUUAGCACCUUACUGUGCAAGCAAAUUUUACAGAAAUCUCUGGGUUAAGAAAUUUGG